UCUCAAUCUCCUCGAUCUCCUCAUCCAUCUCCACAUCUCCAUCCUCUUCAGUUAUACACUCUCCUUCUCACCCCACCCUCCUUUACUCUAUCCCCGGCUCUAAUGUCCGGCCUUAUCAAGGCCCUCGCGGCCAUCACGCCGGCGACGCCCGCGCCGCUCCAGCGCGAGUACGACGGCCUCGAGUUCAAGUGGAAGAUGUUUGUGUUCCGCCCCGCCGCCUUCAAGUUUGAGGCGCUUAUGCUCGCCAUCCUCGGCGGGUAUCUUCUCCUGCACUUGCUCGGGAAGCAGUUCAACAUGGGCCGGGCGAAGAAUGCCCUCGCACCCUACAUCCCGACUCUGCAGGACCAGUUCACCAAGGUGCAGCCGAUGAUGUCGUCGAGCUCUGCGCUGCACCUCAUUUUUGCUACAGGUCGCCGCAACGUCCUCGCAGCCCACGUCACGCUCAAGCUCAAGCCGUUUCACGACCUCAUCCAGAUGGUUUGGACGACUGCCGACGCACUCAUCGACCCGCUCGCCGACUCGAGCGAGACCAUCACUUUCCAGUUCACGCUCGGCCGCGGCGCUUCGGGCUUCCAGGGCGAGGGCGCCGGCGUGUGGGCCGUCGUUAACAAGGACGGCAUGGCCAAGCUGCGCGAGAAGCGCUUCGACCUGACCUUCCCUCGCCUGCACGAGGCCACCGCCAUCCCCACGACGCACGCCCUCUUUUCGGAGCACAGCGACAUCACGGAUGUGAUCCUGAAGACGCCGAACGUCGGCGUCGCCGAAGUUCUGGCUGACGCGACGGCCGCGCGCGUCCUCAAGGCCCUGAUCAUCACGGACGCGCCCGCCAAGCGCCCCACCAACGGGCCGUACAAGCCCGAGCAGCGCGCGCGCGAGAUCUUCCUCAGCGUGCGCAAGCCCGUGUCCCAGGCCGAAGCCGACGCCGUCAACGCCUGGGUCCAGGUAGCGCUCAACCUCGCGGACCUCGUCACGCGCCCCGGGCUCAUCAAGCCCGAGGUCGCGCGCAAGCUCGUGCGCACGCGCCAGGACGUGGACGCUUCGCUGGCUAAGGCGUACAAGCGCGAACAGGAGGAGGAGAACCCGCCCGAGCAGACGGCAGAGGAGAAGCGUGCCGCGCGCAAGCGUGCCGAGCGCGCCAAGCUGUCUGACAAGGAGCAGAAGCGCGCCGACGAGCUCGACAGGAAGCGCGAAAUGCGCAAGGCGCAGAAGCGCAGUAUGAAGUAGGUGUAGGGGGGCGGGCGGUACGUGCCGAGUGCCGAGCGGGAGGACCGAGGUCUUCGCGCUGGCGGAGCAGCGUAUGUCUGCAGGCGGAGGCUGCAGGCGGAGGCGAAAAGAGGGACAUGCCCUCGACGCAGUAAUCUUCGGUGACCGUAGAGAGGAUCGAUGCGACAGAUGGCGAUCCGGAG